AUGUGGGAGAGUUCAAGUGCUAUCCUUGUCCAUCAACCAUUUCAGUGGAUCCAUACCCAAAGAAAUUGGAGAAUUGAAGCAGCUGGAGGAACUGUACCUUGGGGUCAACAGUUUGACAGCAUAGGCACAGGAUCCAAGCGAGAAGAGCAGGAAGAGGUUAUAAUUGAUCAGUCUUUGCUCCGGGUACUGUUGGCUGGUCAAAUACCACGGGAAUUCGGAAAACUUUACACCCUAGUAGAACUUGGUCUGGGUUCCAAUAGCUUAGUUGGUUCCAUACCAGCUCAGAUCUUCAACAUCACAACCCUCCAAAAUAUUGGGCUUCAGAGCAACAAUCUUUCUGGCAGUCUUGACUUUGGUAAUGGAUUCGUGAAUUUGGAGUAUGUUGAUCUCAAUUCCAAUCACCUCGAUGGAGCUAUACCAGCAUCUAUCUCAAAUGCUUCUAAUAUAUUUCACUUGGACAUUUCUCGAAACAAACUCAGUGGUGUAAUUCCUAAUUCCCUGGGAGAUCUAAGAUUUCUCCAAAAUUUGGAAAUUUCUCAUAAUAAUCUUAGAAGUGAUCCUUCCACUUCGGAGAUGAAUUUCAUCACUGCCUUGACAAACUGUAAAUACCUAGUGAAAUUAGGGUUGGAUUACAAUCCUUUAGAGGGUACUUUUCCAGGAUCAGUUGGGAACCUUUCUUACUCAGUUGAGAGAAUUUAUGCAUACGACUGUGAACUCAAGGCAAAUAUUCCAGAUAGCUUUGGCAAUUUGAGCAAUUUAUUGCUUUUGAAUGUGGCUGGAAAUAACUUGAUGGGACCAAUUCCAGACACAUUAGGAGGCAUGCAAAACGUUCAAGCUCUCAAUUUCCAAGAUAACCUACUAACUGGACCACUCCCUGAAAAUCUUUGUGAUUUGAAGAACUUGUAUGGUUUAAGUUUGAGCCAGAAUACCAUUUCAGGUGCUAUUCCAUCAUGCUUAGGUAAUGUUACUUCUCUCAGAUAUUUGUAUAUCGCCCGAAACGUCCUGAACUCUGGCAUACCUUCAAGCUUGUGGAACCUGAAGGACCUCAUUGAAUUGAACCUAUCCUCAAAUUCAUUGAGUGGCUUCCUGCCUCCAGAAAUUCAAAAUUUGAAGGCAGCAACACUUAUUGAUAUAUCAGCAAAUCGCUUUAUACCAAAGUCCUUUGAGAACCUUCAGUAUCUCCAAGGCAUCAAUCUUUCUUUCAACAAUCUAAGAGGAGAAAUACCUACCGCUGGCCCUUUUAGGAACUUGACAAGUCAGUCUUUCAUGUCUAAUGAUGCUUUCUGUGGUGCUCCACAAUUUCUUGUUCCUCCUUGCAGCAAUUCUCAAACUCACGAUUCCAGUAGAAAGAAAAGAUUGCUAGUGGUUUAUGUUCUUUUAGGUGCUGUAGCUGCAGUGAUUACCAGCAUAAGUUUAACAGUUAUAUUUUUAAUAUACAGAAGGAAGAAAAAGGUUACAAGAACGCCUGAUUUACAGCUCACACCAGCACCAGCAAGAAUAUCAUACUAUGAACUUCUUCGAGCAACCAAUGGAUAUGCUGAAAGCAAUUUACUAGGCAUUGGCAGUUGUGGAUCUAUCUACAAAGGGAUUCUGAAUGAUGGAACAGUUGUGGCUGUCAAAGUCUUCAAUUUGCGACUAGAAAUUGCAUUCAAGAGCUUCCAAGUAGAAUGCGAGGUUUUUCGAAACCUUCGCCAUCGAAAUCUCACGAAAGUAAUUGGCAGUUGUACCAAUGAUGAAUUUAAGGCCCUGGUACUCGAGUAUAUGUCUAAUGGGAGUCUUGAAAAGUGGUUGUAUGCAGAGAAUCAUGUCUUAGAUAUGUUGCAAAGGUUGAAUAUAAUGCUAGAUGUGGCUCAUGCCUUGGAAUAUCUCCACUAUGGAUACACAACUCAGGUGGUUCAUUGUGAUCUGAAGCCUAGUAACAUACUGCUUGAUGAAUAUAUGGUUGCCCAUGUGAGUGAUUUUGGAAUUGCAAAAUUGUUUGGUGAAGGAGAAAGUGUUUUGCAUACGAAAACGCUUGCAACAUUGGUAUACAUUGCACCAGCUGAAAAGCAGGACUUCGUGUUGCAGAUUUUGGAAUUGGCUUUAAAAUGCUGCACAGAACACUCAACAGAUAGGAUCAAUAUGAAAGAUGUUGUGGCAUCAUUGGAGAGGAUUAAGCGCCCACUUCAAAAAUUCUCUGGUAAAUUCACAUGA